GUCAAAGCACCCGUCUUUUGAGCCGAAUUCAAGGCAAYUAGAGGCUGGGAUUAAACAAACACCCAACAGCAGCAUCCUCAGCAGCGAGGGUUAUUAUCCCAGCUGGCUGGGGCAUGGAGCUCUGCUGAGGCCAGGUUGUCCCACAGUAGAGAUCUCCCUGCUCCUCUCACUCAGGUCCAGCAGGGAGGCAGAGCCUGCACCCAGCUGUAAUGGGAGCCCUGAGSUGGCUCUUCUGGGCUGGGCUGGGCUACCUGAGCUGCUGCUGGCCCCCACAGGCGCAGGCACAGUUUCCCCGUGUCUGCAUGACGGUGGAAGCCCUUCGUCUGAAACGCUGCUGCCCGCCCUUGGGGACAGAUCCAGGCAAUAUCUGCGGGUCCCUGCAGGGCAGGGGACAGUGUGAGGGGGUGCAGGUGGACACUCAGCCCUGGAGUGGCCCCUACACUCUGCACAAUGUGGAUGACCGGGAAAGGUGGCCCCUCAAGUUCUUCAACAGCAGCUGUCGGUGCACAGGAAACUUURGUGGCUACAACUGUGGUGAGUGCAAGUUUGGCUGGACCGGCCCCGACUGUAGCAGGAGGAAGCCAGCAGUUGUCAGGAAGGACCUCCACUCCCUGACAGCAGAAGAGAGACAGCAGUUCUUUGAUGCUCUGGACCGUGCCAAGACAACCAUUCACCCGGACUAUGUCAUUGCAACUCAGCACUGGAGAAGUCUGCUCGGUCCAAGCGGCCAGGAACCGCAGAUUGCCAACUGCAGUAUUUAUAACUACUUUGUUUGGCUUCAUUACUACUCAGUCAGAGACACGCUGUUGGGUCCUGGCCGCCCCUUCAAAGGCAUUGAUUUCUCCCACCAAGGACCUGCCUUCGUUACUUGGCAUCGKCACCACUUGCUGUGGCUGGAGAGGGAACUGCAGCGUCUGACGGGCAACGAGUCCUUUGCGCUGCCAUACUGGAACUUCGCCACGGGCAGGAACGAGUGUGACAUCUGCACGGAUCAGCUCUUCGGAGCAUCGCGGCCGGAUGACCCCGGCUUGAUCAACCUGAGCUCCAGGUUCUCCCGGUGGCAAGUGGUUUGUAACAGCCUGGAUGACUACAACCGCCUGGUGACACUGUGCAAUGGCACUGACGAGGGGCCGCUGAGGAGGAGACCCUCCUGGGGCUCGAGCGAGCAGCUGCCCACUGUGGACGAUGUCAGGAGGUGCCUUUCCCUGCARGAGUUCGACAGGCCCCCCUUUUUCCGCAAUUCCAGUUUCAGCUUCAGGAAUGCGCUGGAGGGCUUUGAUAAACCAGAUGGAGCCCUUGACUCGCCGAUGCUGAGCCUGCAUAACUUGGUUCACUCUUUCCUGAACGGGACCAGUGCUCUGCCUCACGCAGCUGCCAACGAUCCCAUCUUUGUGGUUCUUCACUCCUUUACUGAUGCCAUCUUUGAUGAGUGGAUGAGGCGUUUCAGGCCCCCUGGCAACGCUUGGCCUGAGGAGCUGGCCCCCAUCGGCCACAACCGGCGCUAUAACAUGGUCCCGUUCUUCCCUCCGGUGACCAACGAUGAGCUCUUCCAAACUGCGGAGCAGCUCGGCUACACCUAUGCCAUUGACCUGCCAGGUUCCCUUGAAGAUACCCAAGCAUGGGCUGUCAUGGUUGGAUCCACAAUUGGAGGAGCACUUCUAGCUCUGGCCGUGCUUGUUCUGCUGCUUGUACUUUUCCAGCACCGAAGGCACAGAAGAGGUUUUGAACCACUGAUGAAUGUGAGCUUCAGCCCCAAAAAGUACAUGGGAGAGGCUUAGUGUCCUCGCUCUCUUUCUUUGCUUGUGCUUGUAGGAAGUGACUUUGAUUGCCUUAYGGAGAUUUUAGCUGAGACUUUAUCACACACUCCUUUGGCAGCUGACUAAUUGUUCUCAUUCAGGUUUUUCCCAUUAUCUUGUGAAUUUUAAGAUGUUGAGUCUUUGGGUACGUAUGAGCAAGGCCCAGGUUAGCUAGAAUUUUCUCAUUGCUAAAUGUUAUCUGGAGUGUGUGACACUUGUCAAUCAUCCUCUGUAGAUUUAGAUCRAGACAGCUAAGAAUCCAAAUAGGAGAAGACCAACUUGAAUAACCAAGAUAAUUUUUUACCUCAAUGUGUUAUUGAUUUCACUUAGGAGCAUUAAGAUGAGCUAAAAGUUAUUAAUUCUASAUGUAUAUUUGAAUAACAUUUUACAGUUAUCAACAAAUAUUCUGAAUAACACAGUCUUGUUUGAAGGCUCAAAAUGUUUCAUGCUGUUUGAUAAAACACUAUAGGAACCUUCUGGUUACAGUUUAUUUCAGAAACAUGAUCAAUUCUAUAUUUUAUUUCCAAUAAAGUUGAUGAUAGCAACAAUUAAACUCCAAAACUCCAGUUCUCCUGAAGUUUAAGAGCAGGAGUUCCCUGACACCUAGAUAUACACUUGUGUUUUACGUCUGUGUUAGGGACCUUGGCUGAAGGUGGGAAUUAACUUUUUUUGCCUCCGAUGCACUGUUCUGUGAAUCUGGACUGAAACUUCCAAAUUUCCAAAGUCUAGGAUGCAGGACUCAAGGCAACAAGACUAAGACAGCUUGAAUUAUUCAGAUGUGCAGGUGUGGAAUCAGGUUUGGAUGUGGCAGUUGCUAGACUUUAUACAUUCCCUAUAUAUUCCUUUAUACAUUGCCUAUAUAGUUCUUUAUUUAGACAUAGAUUUGAAGCCCAUUUGUAUGGCUCUCCUGUGUUAUCUUGAAAAGGUUUUCUUU